AUGAACGACGAAAUACCAACCUGCAAUUUCGAAGAAUUCUUCGAAAGUCAUCUACCCAACUCCGAAAUUGAGCUCGACGCGGUUAUUGGAGAUCUGAAGAAACAAAAGAUGCUGGUUUCGCGAGGCCGGUCCUUGCACCAGACACCGACUUCAUCCACACACAGACCACCCUUUUCUCAGACCUUCAAGACCUUCAAAAACCUGCUCCGAUCCAACAACCCCAAUCGUAGUCGCGUCGUGAAGGCACUACAAUCCAUUGGAAGCGCCGUUCGCAAAGCGCUACGGAAGGUUGAAAAUCGAGAGGGGAAUAACUGCGCCAUCAGGCUGGAAGAAGAUAUUGAAUCCAGGGCCCAAGCCUGCAUCAGCUCCAACUCGGAGGGUGUCUCGCAUCCAACAGACGUCGUGGUACCGAUCAUGGCCAUCGACAGUCAGGACGGUUAUUUAUCGUCCGACAAGACGCAGUCGAUACUCCUAUCCCGUGUCGCGCAAAUCAUGAAUGAGGACGCCCGUCGAACGUUUUGCUUCGGAGUGUCUUUGGAAGGCUUCGAUGUAACAUUGUGGCGGUUUACUAGGUCCCUUUGCAUAAAGUCAUCGCCCUUCAACAUGGUCGAGCAUCCUGACCUUCUUGUCCGACUCCUCGUGGCUUUUUUCUCCUCAGAAAUGCGUCAACUGGGGUAUGACCCGCUCGUCACGCUGCUUCCCGACUCAAAUUACGUUUACGAGAUCCCAUCUCGUAUGGAGCCUCUUUACUACAAAACUGUUUCCUUAAUCUGUGAUUCCGAGCCUGGCUAUCUUUCCGGUCGUCGCAUGCGAAUCUGGGAAGUUGAACAAGUUUAUUCCGUCGCCAAUCCAGUGCGCGUCCCAGGGGUACCCCACAGGGUCCUGAAGGACGUCGUUCUGGAUGCCGCCGUCCGGACCGAGGCGGACAUCCAAGAGGACCUUUUCGCGGAUAUAGCAAAAUUAGCCGUGGACGAAUCCUGGUCGUCUCGCCCCCUGCUCAAGGACUUCCCCCAGUCUGAUAUAGACGUACUAGCAGACACAUUGCAGGACGGCAAAUUUAAGAAAUUCUUUUCCCGCAUCCUCGCGAAGAACAUUGGGGAAGCUGAUCAAGUGAGCGAUCCAUCUCCAUCAGACGACACCCCCUGCCCACCGAAGCGCCGAUGCUUUUUCGUAUUCGAACACAUCUGCACCCCUCUCAACGACAUUCCCACCCUCGGAGAAGCGGUCGAUGCUCUCAGACAAGUUCUCGUCCCGCUCCGCCUCAUGUUCUUGGCUGGUUGGGUCCACCGUGACAUCAGCCCUGGAAACAUCCUCGUGUAUCGAGGCGAACCGGGUUCACCUUCGGUUGUUAAGCUCUCGGACCUCGAGCACGCGAAGAAAUAUCCCGACGCUGAGGCUACAGACGAAGAUCGUAUCACAGGAACACCCUACUUCAUUGCUUGCGAGAUCCUUCUAGGCAGGAGACUCUUCCCCGUGGAUCUCCCUCUCGAUACUCCCCUCCCAUCAUAUCGGUUUAUUCCCUUGGUUCACAACUACCAACAUGACGUGGAAUCCAUUUUCUGGAUCCUUCUCUGGCUUGUUUCUAUGCGCAUCAAUCAGAACCUUCCAAGGGAAUUUGGGCAAAAGUACUUCCAACAGCGCGUCGACAAAGGCCAUGCUGGUCUCCGCAACCGCGUCUUCACACACUCCCUUUUCUACCACCUGGAAUUGCUUGAGGCGCUCCCCCAAACACUGCUCCGCUCUUGCAAGUUCUUCUACUGCCUCAACCUUUUACGACGCAACCUCUACGAGCAGUACACUGCACGGAACCGCGAUGCAACCCACAACGACCUGUCUUCCUAUUCGUGGAUUGUGGGACAGGGGAUCAGUAAUUUCUUCGAUGGCGUCGAGGCCUUCAAGAGCGUCUGGGCCGAGAUAGAGCUCAUGGUCGAUUCGGAGCCUCGCAAAGUCCUCAACACGCGUCAAGCAUCUGGUGGCCCGGUCCCACCUCAACCCCGCCUGUCGCCUCAUAACCAAUCCCACCGGGCCGCGCCGUCGAAUAAGCGCCGCGCCGUCGACUCGGGUGAAGAGAGAAGGGUCUCAAAGAAAGCUCGACCGAACCCAGCCCACGCCCCCGCUGUUGUUCCUCGCCGAAGUGGACCGAUUACUAGAUCGAUGGCGAGAAACGAAGGUCGAAUCACAAGGUCCACCACUCGUCGUCUUCAAGAAGAGGAAAGACAGAAGCAACGUCGGUUGUAG